GCCAAAUUCAGAGCUGCUAAAGCCAGGAAAAAGUUCAGUAGCAAUUUUCUACAACCCCAUUUUAUAGAAAAUAAACAAAAUUUCUAGUUAACAAAAUUUUAGAAAAAGUAAGAUUGGAUUUUCUUUCUGGUAAAUAUGUCGAAGGCAACAAAACUGCGCUUUGCGCUGAUCACCGAGGAUGUUCUGAACAAGCUGCGACCCCGAUCUCAGUCGGAAAGUGCCCGUUCUAAGUACAUGAACGAGAUAUAUAUGGUCAUUAGGACGGCGGUCAACGAGGCUGUGGACGAGAAGUUGCAGCAGUUGAGCACGAUCAUUAGUCAGAUGGUCGAGGAGAGGGUUCUUAAGAUUCUGGAGCAGCAGGGCUUCGGCAGGUCCAUGGCGGGCAGUGGCUCAGCCGGAAGAAAAAGCGAUCAUAAAGAUCCAUCCCAGGAGAAGGAAUCAGCCAAGGGGGCAGGCGAGUGCUCCAGUGCCUUGAAGUUGGGCAAUCUCAAACGUCGUCGACCCAAGAAUAAUAAUCCUUCUAAAGAAGGACAUGUGACCUUCGCCCCAGAGGAACAGUUAGCCAAGAAACCCCGGACCAAGGCCCAGAAAAUCACCGUAAUGCCCAUCCAUCGGGAGAACCAGGUGAAGAGCUCUCCCUCGACCGGCAAUAAUGCACCUUUGCUGCCAACUCCGCCACCACUCCACAUGGAUCACAAUGCCCUGGAUGCUGAGGAUGACGAUGAUGACAACUUCUCGGAUGUGGAAGAACCCUCCAUUCUCACCAUCGCCGCCAAAUAUCUCAAGAAACUCGAGGAUGCCCGCCGUCGCAAGCAGCAGCAGCAGCAUUAACUUUUCGACCUUACCCCAGAAAUUGUUGGUCUAGAAAAAUGGGAAGCCAUCUCUAUGGUAGUUUUCAAAUUGCUUCAAGACCCCCAAUUUCCGGGAAUACCAGUCCUUCGUAUUUCCUUAACUUUUGAGAUAAAUUUCCAAAGAGUGCAUAUACUAUAUAGAACAUUUUCGUGGAAGCCAUCGACUAAUGGAGUGGGUAAAAAAUGUUAAUAAAUUGAGCCAGAGUCAAGUGAUUUUAUACGGUCUAAAUCCAAUAUUUGAGAUGUACAAACCAAAUGUAAAUUUAUUGGGAUUAUCAUGU